AUGUUUUAUAAAUCUUAUAAUUCUUCAUGGGUUAUACGUGAUAUAUUUCAUGAAUAUAUUGUAUAUUCAAAUGAAAAAUUGAUGUUAAAAAUAGAAAAAUAUUAUUACUUAUCGAUAAUUUUUCAGGUCAUGAUGUAUCAUUACCUUAUAUAUCAAUUUAUUUUUCUUUUACUAAAUAAUACUUCUGUAUUACAAUCUUUAGAUCAAAAUAUUGUUCAAAAAAUACCAUAA